AAAAAAACAAAGACUAACAGCGCAGCAUUGUCACUAAAAGCAUCGGCGAUUUCCAUGACAUCAACAAACGACAAUGAGGCAUACUCUUGUCCCAUGUGCCACGAACCCUUUAUUGGUAACCUCGCUGCUUUCGAGAGCCAUGUCCAAGGUCAUUUUGAAGACUCUACUUUGUCAGGAACAUAUACUCCCCCCGGAUUCUUGGAUGAACCCGAAAACAAAACGGCUACCAUAACCGCAGCCUCCUUAUAUGAUAUUUAUGACCAAACCUCAUCCAUUUCCCCCUUCACAGUUGAGUGCGAUGCUCCCGGCUGCGGCAUGAUGGUUAAUUUCGAAGAAAUGGCAGAACAUACAGACAGGCACCUAGCAAUGCGGAUUCAGGAUCAAGAAAGCGCAGCUAUAUUUGAAGAGGUAAAUAAUAAUUCCACAAAGCGAUCAAGAGGUCAUUCACCCAAUAUAUCAAGUGUGUUCAAUAGUGCAAAGAGAUCACAGGGUGAUCCAUUUACUGUAAAAACCACACCCACUGUCCAGUCAAGAAAGAAGACUAUACCAAUAGGACAGGCAACUAUGGAUGGAUUCAUCACGCGUAGCACGCGAGACCAAAUGCCUUCCAAGAAUCAAAUAGAGUACAAACAACCUCAACCACAGAAUACAUUUGCCUCUAUUAGUCGGACAGACCAGACAGAGCAAAUGAAUAAUGUCACUGGAAUCAAGGGCUUAAUUGCGAAAACGAGAUUGUUGCUUGAUAUUUCACUGGAUCAAGGUUUCACCAAACAAGCAUAUUUGGCUGAUCCAUCUGUACUCUUUUGUCAGGGCGAUAAAACUGAUCGUGGCUGGGGAUGCGGCUACCGAAACGUACAAAUGAUGUUAUCCUAUGUAGCCCAGCAAGCGGCGCCUCAUUCUACACCUACAUCUACAUCCACAUCCACAUCUACAUCCACAUCUACCUCUACUACUCCCUUGGCUUCCGACCACAUUGAUAUUCCUUCUAUUCCAGAUCUACAGAAACAGCUAGAAUAUGCUUGGGCCGCUGGUUUUGACCCGGCUGGGGCCAAUCAAUUGGGGCACAGAGUCAAGGGCACUCGAAAAUGGAUUGGCACUACAGAGGCCUGGUCUAUCUUGUGCUCCCUCGGCAUUCGAUGCCACAUUCUCGAUUUUCAUACGCCUACAGGUCCUAAUAGUUCACAUCCCGUCAUGCUCUCAGCAGUGCUUAACUACUUCCGAACGCCUGAUUGGUCUCCUCUAACGGCUCCAGAACUGCAUAGAGUCGUAGAUUAUGAGCUGCAUGAAGAAGGCCCCAAAAUCAUCCAGACACAUAAACCACCACUGUAUAUGCAACAUCAAGGCCAUUCACGUACCGUCAUUGGGAUAGAGAUCUUGGCAACCGGAGAAUUGAAUUUACUGGUCUUUGAUCCUGGACGAUGGCUUCACAAGGCCAUCCCGAUGUUACAAAACCAACAAGUCUCUAGAGCUCAUUCGCAAACCUUGGGUACCAAAGUGAGGACAAAGGAUGGUUUAUUGGAUGCACAAUAUUUGCUCAAGGCAUUCCGGCUUCCAGUGAGCGUGGGAAUAUCUAAAUCGCAGUAUCAACUGCUUGGUAUAUCUGGCCUGUAUCAGGAAAAACCACACCCAAGUCAAGCACCACGUGACCGGAUCAGACUUCAACUCUGCACGAGAAACCCAUCGCUUUCUAUCGGUUGGGAUGAUGAAGAAGCUGAGCAGAGUAAACUCGUAAGCAGCACUCGUGUCCCUUGAACUGUCGGGACGUGCUACAUCACUUUCUUUAUUUAGUAUCAAUAUAUCCAUUGUAUUUCUAAAUAUUAAAAGGCAG